UCAGAGACAGGCAGGAAGCAUCAUGUGAUGAACUCCAACACCCUUACUCUCCCUUUAUAUAGUCCCUUAGCCUUUUCUUAAGUCAGUCUAGCAAGAGUGCUGAAGACAAAAGCAGCUUGGACUCCAGCUUCCCAGAACUCAAAAGAAGCAGACUGUCAGCAUGUGUGAGGCCAACAAGACGUCUCUGGAGGAAAUCCUUUCACAACUGAAAUGUCACUUCACAUGGAAUUUAUUUAAGAAAAAAGGUGUCCCAAGUGACCUGGAAGACAGAGUGUGUGAGCAGAUUGAAUAUUUAGACACCAAGGUCAAAGCUACAAUGUACAACUUGUUGGCCUAUGUAAAACACUUAGACAAGCAAGAUGAAGAAGCCCUGCAGUACCUGCAAAAGGCUGAAGAGCUCAUCCAGAGAGAAUACACUGGCCAAGCAGAAAUCAGAAGCCUGGUCACCUGGGGAAACUAUGCCUGGGUCUACCACCACCUGGGCAAACAGCAAAAUGCUCAGAAGUAUGUUGAUAAGGUGAAACAAGUGUGUGAGAAGUCUCCAAACCCUUACAGCAUUGAGUGUCCUGAGAUGUAUAGUGAAGAAGGGUGGGCCCUGUUAAAGUGUGGGGGAGAUGAAAAUAAAAGGGCAAAGGUGUGCUUUGAAAAGGCUCUGCAAAAAGAGCCAAAGAGCCCAGAAUUUACCUGUGGACUGGCCAUUGCGACUUUCCGCCUGGGUGAUGACCUGCCCCCUGAGGAACUUAUUGACCUUCUGUGGGAGGCCAUUGGGCUGAAUUCUAACAACCAGUAUCUGAAAGUGCUUCUGGCUCUGACACUUCAAAACACAAAUGAAGAAGAUGAAGGAGAGAGGUUAGUUGAAGAGGCCUUAACAGCAAUCCCAUGUGCAACAACUGUUCUUCAACAAGGAGCAAAGUUCUAUCAAAGGAAAGGUGACCUGGAUAAAGGUAUAGAACUGCUUGAAAAGGCUUUAGAAAGCACAACCAAUAACGCCCGCCUACAUUACUCUAUCGGGUAUUUAUGCAGGGGAAAAGUCUUACAAAUAAGUGACCCAAAGACUGGAAUGUUUAGCAAAAGUGAGGAGUUACAGGAGCUAAUAAAAAAAGCUGUGGGUCAUUUCAAGAAAGCUGAUGGGAUCAAUAAAAAUAUCUGGCACUAUCUUGGUGGCCUCUAUGCACUGUCAGAUCAGUAUGAAGAAGCAGAGCUCUACUUUCAAGAACAGUUCAGUAAGGAACUUUCUCCUGCAACCAAACAAAAACUUCACAUGUUUUAUGGCAACUUUCAGCUGUAUCAGAUGAAGUGUGAAGACAAGGCCAUCCACCAUUAUGUGGAGGGUGUGAAAAUAGACCAGGAGUCAAAGGAGAAAGAGAAGAUGAAAACCAAACUGCACAGAAUCGCCACAGCAAGGCUGUCAAAAGAUAAAGACGACUCCAAGGCUUUGCACCUUCUGCAAUUCCUCAAGGAGCAGAAUAGAUAAGUACAGAAUGGUGGUCCAAGAGGUGACACAGUGGAUAAAGCAUUGGACUCUCAAGUGUAAGGUCCUGAGUUCAAUCUCUGGCAGCACAUAUACCAGAGUGAUGUCUGGUUCUUUACCUCUCUCUCUACCUAUCUUCUUCAUGAAUAAAUGAAUAAAAUAUUUUUUAAAAAUAAAAAUUAGAGAAAUACAGACUACAGAUGAAAACCCUGAGAGGGAUUUGGACUCUGGAAGCCUCAUACUCACUCCUUUAGUUCAAAAUAUAUAGAUAAACAAACAAACAAAAGUGCUUGGUGAGUCCAUAGUCAGGAUGAUGAGAAGCAGCAGAA